AUGACGCAAUUUACUUUCUGUGGGCGUAGAAAUCUCGCAUUUGUAUUCUGCAUCUAUAUGAAUGCCAUCAAUGGUGUGUUUACGGCUGUUCCCGGUGGAGAUGACGCAUCAGACUGUGGCUCACAAUCGUACCCACACAUCGCAACCUAUGCCAUGAGGGGGGAUAUAUGUCGUAGACUUGAAGGUUUAGAAUCACUUCACACGAAUGCCACACGAUUUCACAAUGAAUUGGGCAUAAUAGCGGAGUCAAUAUCUAAAUCUAAAGAUCCACCGGCAACGAAAGAAGCACUACAAGAGCAGUGUGGCGAACUCUUGAAAGACAUGCAACAUAUAAUCGAUGUUACGAGGGAUUACGCCGAAUUAGGGAGGAUGUUACGUGAAACUCGUCAAAUAUAUAUAGAAUUCAAAACUGGUGUUCUAACGGGGGGUAGGUCAGCUGAACUUAAUAAAGCUAUGACAAGCCUAGAUAAAAGAUUCGGAUGCAAUCACCACUUGAUACCUGGUAUUAGCGAAUACGAAAGGUUAACUCACCUUUUCAGGAUAGGGGACGCGGAAGCAUUCGUUGAUAGACACAGGGUUACAGAACCAUCAACCCCUGAGCCAGCUGUAGAUGUCGGGGGGAAGUCGAAAGCAACCGAUACAGAAUCAGUGGUUGCGGCAACAGGAGUUAGUGAUGCACCAGAAGUUGUGCCUCCGGUUGAAGAAGGCGAUGAAAUGGUUUGGGAACCCAUCAAUGAGAGUGCUGUUUUAACCACAUUGUUUAAUAUUCAGGUUGACUUGAAGAAAAUAGAAGAUAUAUUACGUGGCCCUUUGAUAGACGAUACCAGUUCGGUCGACGCCAUUAAAAGCGUAUUUUCAUAUUUCCACAGAUUUGACGUCAACGCACAAAAUUUUGUCGAGUUUGUGUCUGACCAGAUGACGAGGAUCGAGAGUCUGAUGUAUAUGUUCAAACGCCAAGACCUUAUCAGUGAGCAACUGAAGACAAUGGAUCUGAGUUCUCCUACAGCAGUUGAAUUAGUAGCGCAGCUUAAACGAAUCAACUUAGAAUUAGAGAAAUAUGCAUCUUUCAAACAUAUAUUUCACCCAAAAGAAUUGGAACGCGAAGUGCCGCGUAUACUGCAUGGGCUGCAACGGUUGCUAGAGAACAGAAAAAAUAUCAAACACAAUGUGAGUUCGAAUAUAAAACCACGAACUCCCACCAAACCAAAAAUACCAGCGACGGUUAAGGUUUCACGUGGAUUGGAUACGCCACAAGACAGUGAAGCUGCUCCGAACAAUAUCCUUACCACCAAUUACAAGCAACUCCCUUCGGGAGUUGAGGCCAUUGGAAUCAGGGUUAUUCAAACAACCAUGGCAAUUGCUCUAAUGGCGACCCUUUGA